UGAAGCGAAAUUCCAUCUACGUUGCUUUCCUGGUGCAUGUUAUUAAAUAGUGAAAGGACAGACGCUGGCCGUGAUGAAUUUAACAGUGAAACUCGGUUUCCUUUUAGUGUAUUGCAUUGAUAAACUCAUAUCUUCCCAUAACACUGAAGCAGACAGUGUACGAGAAGACCGGUUGGAAAAAUUAUAUGUGACGGAAUCAAAUGAUUUACAUACUUUGAUAUUAAAUACUUCGGCUCAGAAAUACCUAUCGUUACGUGCGAAGAAGAUUUUUGAUAGGUACAUGCCUUGGUUUUGCGUCCUAGACAUGCCUGAACGUCUUCCAGAACCAAUCUCUGAAUCCCGACACUCUCUAGUCAUCAUGAUCAGCUGUGAAGUUGAGGCGGAGAAUAUUUGGUCUUUCGAGUCAUUUCGUCUCAUGGUCAAUGAAAUGUCGGAGUUAACAAGGAUAAAUGCUGGACUUAGUUUGUCAUGCAGAAGAAACGGCACCGUCGCUUUGCCAUGGCCGAUGCGAGCUAUCAAUUUACAGUACCUUUCUGUUGAAGCGUGUUUCAUCAUAGAUCAUUAUAAGGAAGCAUAUGAAUAUAAAAUUGAUGAGAUGCCAGACACGAUUGAAUACUUUAAGAUGACAAGUUGUGUCAUUAUUAAUGAUAGAAAUUACUUUGAUUAUCUCUUAAAGUCCAACGCUUUCCUGUUGACACGAGCUGCGUUGUGUGGACCGGAAAAUGCCAAGGUGUACGCGUAUGUUAAUAUCUCCGAAACUUUCUACGGACCAAAGUCCUUAGCUAGAGAGGAAUUUCAUAAUUUAGCAAAGAUGUACACUAAAAAUCUUACAAUCAUGGCGGCCAACAGAAUCAGCUGUCAGUACAGGAACAUGGUCGUGUAUGACCGGAGUCUGACCAAUAACUUUGGACCUACAUUUUUUGAAAAUUUGAUCGGUAAUUCUUACCCAAAUUUAGAGGUCUUGAAUUUUUCUAACACCAAACUUCAUAACAUUCCUCCAUAUCUCAGACACUGGCGUUUGAAUUUUCCAAAAUUGGAAAUUCUAGAUUUGAGCUAUAAUAAUAUAAAUGAAUUAAGUACAUUCAUUGACCAUGACCCUGGGAGUUCCCACACAGGCAUCAUAAAUUUACAGCAUAAUAACUUUACCAGUUUAUCACAUCACCAGAUGAAAGAUUUUUUUCGAAAGCAUAAAUCAUUUUACAUUGAUCUGCAAAACAAUCCGUUUUCUUGUACAUGUGAAAUGCGUGCAGCGAAAGGUAUUCUUUUGAACAUUUCAAUUCCAUUGCUGCUAAACAACUCGGGUUCGGGUUAUUCUUACUUGAGAGAUUUGGUGUGUUCCGCCCCUGACACAGUAUCUGGACGUAAAUUGAUGACUUUGUCUGAUAUAGAAUUAGGAUGUGAAACUGAAAUAACGGUGUUCCAGAGCGGCCCCAUCGUCAUCCUCUGUGUCUUAGUCUUCGUCCUCAUUGUUUGCUUGGUUGUCAUAAUUAGAUACAGAGUGGAAAUCAAGAUUUUAGCAUUUACUAGAUUUAACAUUGUGUUUCCUUGUCAGCAGCAAGAUUACGCUGACAACAAGAAGUUUGACGCUUUUGUUGCCUACAGCCAGCAGGAUUCGGACUGGGUUCUGAAAAAUCUAGUUUGGCAACUAGAAACGAAACUUCAAACACAGCAGCAGAAAUUCCAACUGUGCAUCCACCAGAGGGACUUCACGGUAGGAGCGCCGAUAGCAGAAAAUAUCAUAGAUAAUAUCGAACGCAGUCGACAUACAAUUCUUGUUAUAUCCACCAACUUUGUAAGAAGUGAGUGGUGUUUGAUGGAGUUCAGAACAGCAUUUCAUCAAAGCCUGAUAGAAAAACGGCGACAUAUGAUAAUUAUUGUGAUGGGGGACUUACCCCACGGGGAACUGGACAUUGAUAUUAAACGGUGCCUGAAGACUCUGACGUACCUAGAGACACACGACCGACUGUUUUGGGACAAGCUUGUUUAUGCUUUGUCUGACAAACAAAGAGUGAAGCGCCGGAACCGUACUCCCAGUAACACGGCUUUGUCAUCUCAAUCAAACUUUAUAUGUUCUCCAAAGUACUGAACAAACUGACUGAUAAAGUUCAUAAUGCUUAUUAAAAUAUUUUAUUUAUACAUGCUAUUUAUAUUUAUAUGUUAUAUUUUAGAAGUUUUGUUAAUAUGUAGACAUAUGCAGACUUCAUACUAAUCUGCUAAGAAAAUGUUCAAUAUAUUUUGUGAUCAUGUUUAUAAUAUAUUCAUAUGACAUCUGACUGAAGAAAACAGUUCUGAUUUAUCCCUUUAAUUAAAAAAGAUAGCCUAAGGUAUCCUCAUUUCAAUCAUAAACUUACCUUAAAAGAAUUAUUUAAUCGGUGCACAAAAAGGAUGACUGCUUGAUAGUAUCUGACUAUGCUCAUGAAAUUUUAAUUUUACCCAGAAUCACGUGGUAAGAUUCCUCUAACGCUUUAACCUUGGGGAGUACGUUGAUGUAAAUAUCGCAAUUUUCGUAGAUGGCAUACUUUUUUUUACAUUCUUAUAAAUAGUAAGCUCUUGGUAUGAAUAAUACAUGUUUGUAUUAUUAUUACAGACUACAUCUUAUCAAACAAUGUACUAUCUAAGGUAGUUUUUUAGAGGACUGGCAUGUAGUUUGACUAAUUAUGAUAGUACUGAGAUACUUUAGUGCAAAGUGUGUUACAAGACUAGAAAAUGCUUGCCAAAAAAAUAUAAACAAUGUUGACAAGAACUGAAAAGUCUUAUUCUUAACUUGUUUCCCGAUGCUAUGAAGAUAAGGAACCAAGGUUUUUCUUUUCACGUCACACAGAAAAUCCGUGAGCAUUU